AUGGCGAAAGAUGACAUGGCAGAGGUGGAUGUGUGUGGAUGUGGAUGUGGCCCCCGGCGCAGGGCCCCCGCUGCGCUCCCCUACGAGGAGUACGAGUGCAAGAUCUGCUACAACUACUUCGACCUGGACCGACGCGCACCCAAGAUCCUGGAGUGCCUCCACACCUUCUGCGAGGAGUGCCUGAACACUCUCCAUUUACGCGAGGAGCGGCCGUGGCGCAUCAGCUGCCCGGUGUGUCGCCACCGGACCCCUGUGCCAGAUUACCGCAUCCAGAACCUCCCCAACAACACCAAGGUGACGGAGGACUUCCCUCUCUACAUCGACUCGGACCCCCUGCCCCAGGACGCGCUGCCUCCCUAUCCUCCUCCUCUCCAUCCUGCGCUCGUCGCCCUGCGUCGGGAGGAGGCGUCGGGCGCGUCCAGCGUCAGCCAGGCGACCCCGAGCACCACCGUGUCCACCGCCACCACCCUCUCACAGGACUCGGUGCGUUACGACAGCUGCCAGAGCUGCAAAAGGGUGGCGUUGACCACUGGGUGCGUGUGCGUGAUCUUCUCCUUCUUGUCCAUGCUGGUGUUGCUCUUCAUGGGCCUGAUCUUCGUGCACAGCCACAGCAUCCCUCCCUCGCCGGCUGGACCCAUCUGCCUGUCGGUGGCCAGCAUCCUGGCCAUGUUCUCGGUGGUGGUCACUUGGCUCAUCUGCUGGCUCAAGUACAGACCAGAUCAUGAGACAGGCCGCUCGUCCGCCACCAGCAACUCCCGCAGGAACGCCUGA